GUUGGUUUAGGUCUGUGUGACAAACCUAAUGUGAACUUCGCCCAAAUGCCUGGCUGGGACUCCCGCACCUGGGGGUAUCACGGCGAUGAUGGACAGAAGUUUACUGGCGCUGGUUAUGGGGAUUUCUAUAGUGAGCUGUAUGGGAUUGGGGAUACAGUCGGCUGUGGGGUGGAUAAACAGGGAAAUAUUUUCUUCACAAAGAACGGCGUGCAUUUGGGUGUCGCAUUUACCGGGAUCGCCGGCCAGUUGUUUCCGAUAGUCGGCUUGUCUCUGUCAGGCCGCGUCACAGCAAACUUUGGAGCAAAGCCAUUCAAAUACGUACCAAACGUUUUGAAUGCAGAUACGUCCGUGACGGCGGGUACCAAGCCGAAUUAUGAGAGGUCAGUUACAGCGGAAAGAAAGCUACGACUCGCCGACUGGAUGGAGGAAAUUUCCGACCUUCCUGUUGAACCCCCGAUGGUCAUACAGGAUGAGGGUACACCAUUGGAAAGUGGUGGAGCAGAAUGUCGAGAGGGAGUUCAAGGGGCCGAAUCCGCGGACAUAAACGAAGCAGUUGGGGGAAAGAUGAAUUCGUCUGCAAAUGCGGGAGAGGGUUAUCGGGAUGAUUGCGGCCAGGAGAACAGCCGCCAGGAGGAUAAUGCUACCGGAAAUGAUUGUGAGGAAGUGGCUUCAGACCGGGCUGCUUCCCGCGGAUCGGUUAUCUUAGAUAUGCAGGGACGGUGUCGAGAGGAAGCGAUAGUUUGA